GCAGCUCCGCUAUUUUUCGCCAUGGAAGGACUGUCCGACCUGCACCCCUCGUAUCAUUUCUCGUUGAAGUGGUUCCUAUCUGUGUACGCGGAGACCCUCAAGAGCUGCGCAAAGUCUUCGGCAGUGAAUGAGCGCGCUUCGGUGGUGGAGAGGCACUUUUAUGGGGCCGUGUACAAACGGGCCUGCAGAUCGUUGUUCGAGGAGGACCGGCUCGCCUUUUCUGUCAUGCUGACG